GUUUUCCCGCCCCUGCGCUGAUUACCCUUCUGGGAUUAUGGGCAUACCAAAAACUUCAUCAUCUUCAGUCCUUUCAUACCUAUAUUUGAUUGUUUGUAGUCUCCCUUGUAAACCUUUGUGUUGUUGAAAAGAAUAUAAAUAGGCUCUCUCACUCCUCUCUCUCUUCUCUCUUUUCUCUCUCUCUCUCUCUCUCUCAUUCUCUCUCGCUCUCUCUCUCUCUCUCCGGUUGUGUGGCCGUUUGAAUUCGCUGCAAGAUGAACCCUGUGAAUGCUCAUGAGCGGCCGCGCCGUGUGCCGAGAACUCGGAACCAGUGGGAUGAUUUCUAUGUGAAGUUUAACGAGGAGAAGAAACGGAAAAGGAGAAAGCUUUCUGAGUCUGGGCCGUCCACUGAUAGAGUGGGAGGUGAUGGUGCUGAGAGGGGAAAGGCAGAGAAAAAUGGUGUAGGUGAUGAUCAGGUUGAGGUGGUGGUUGGGGAGGAGAGAAAGGGAUCUAGGAGGAGUGGUGAAGCCCAAAAGGCCUCAUCUUUGGGUAGAAACAAGGAGAUGGGGAUGGCUGAUAUUGAAUUUGUUGAUGAUUUUGUGGAUAAGGAGAAGGAGAUGAUGGAUGUGGAAUUUGUUGAGGAUUUGGUGAAAGGGGAGGGUGAAAAGGAGAUGGAAAUGAUGGAUGAUGAAUUUGGUGAGGAUUCUGGGAAAGGGGAGAAGGGUAAAGAUAAGGGGAAGGGGAAGGGGAAACAGAAAGAGAAAGAGAAGGGGAAGGGGAAGGGGAAGGAGAAGGAGAAUGGGAAAGGGAAGGGGAAGGAGAAAGAGAAGGAUAAGGGGAAAAAGAAGGAUAAGGGGAAAGAGGAGGAGAAGGAGGAGGAGGAUAGUAGCAAAUGGCUAGCUUUGGUGGGUGUAUGGAGUGAAAGUAGAGACAAUGACACCAAAGAUUUAGCUGUGGUGGAGACUGAAAAUGACACCAAAGAUUUAGCUGUGGUGGAGAGUGAAAAUGACACCAAAGAUUUAGCUGUGGUGGAGAGUGAAAAUGACACCAAAGAUUUACCUGUGGUGGAGAGUGCUAGCAGUGAUGAUGAUGUUAUAUUUAUAGGGGAAACAUAUCCCCUUUACAAAAACAGAACUAAUAGGGUGAAGCCUAUUUCAGUGGCUGAUGAUAAAGAUGAUGAGAGGAAGGGUAAUAGUCAGCUUGUUCUUGUGGGGGAACCCAAUCCAACCCCUAAUGUAGUUUUGUUGAAACCAGGCUCAGCAUCAGGCUCAAAAGUUGGGUCUGUGGAUGGAAGGGGCCCUGAACCUAUUACCUAUGAUGAUGUUGCUUCAUCAACCUCAAAGAGGAGGGUGGACUCUUCUGUUAGUCUCUCAAGUACAGACUCCUCAGAUUUUGAUGACUUUGAAUCAUCAUCAUCAUCAUCCUCAUCUGAAGAUGAUGAUUCAGAUGAUGGGGAUUUCAGUUUUACUGUCCCCUCUUCUGUCCUUAAGAGGGCAGAUGGAAAGGGGAAGGCUGCUGAGGCGGGUGAGAAGAGAAAAGGGAUUGUUUCUCGUCUUAGAUCAUCUUCAACCCCCAAGCCUUUAAACAAGGAUGAAAGGAAAAAGGAUGAGGAUGAGGAUGUCGGAGGAGGAGAAGACGGUGAGCAAAUACAGAAAACCAUAGUUAAGAAGAGGAAGCAGAGAGCAAGAGGUCUCAAUGUGAAGGACAUCCUUCUUAACACUGUAUUGGAGAAGGAGAGCAAUCUGAAUGAAAGACUCCAACGUCCCGAAUUGAAUGCUCCACCAUUGCCCUUGAAGUUCAGAUUUGAAGACGAAGACGAGGAACCACCUGUGAAAGAAGAGUGGGAGGUGGAGGUUGACAAUCUCUUUGCAGACCUCGACAUGGGCAGAUUGCAAACCGAGAAUGGUUCAAGUGCUCCUCAAACUGUGGAGAAGGAAAAUGCAAAAGCUGAUGAGGCAAAUGACUGCUGCCAUCCCGAGGGGCAUCAUUGUAUCCUCGAUGAACAAAUUGGCAUCCUAUGCAAGCAUUGCUUGGUUGUGUUCUUGGAGAUGAAGCAUUUAUAUCCAGACUUUGCUAUGAAAUCCAGCCAAAGAUAUGAAAGGAGAUUCGUUGAUAGAUCGGAGCACUCUGAGGAUGCUGAAUUUGAGUUGGGCAAUAUUCCUGUAAACAAUUGUGCUCGGGGUGUUUCUGGAGAGACGGUGUGGGAUCUUGUACCUGCUCACAUUAAAGAAAGAAUGUACCAGCAUCAGAUCGAUGGCUACGAGUUCAUGUGGAAGAACAUUGCAGGAGAUCUCGAAAUUGAGAAUUUGAAAGUGCUGCCAUCUGAUAAGGGGAAAGGCUGCAUAAUUUCGCAUGCUCCUGGUACUGGGAAAACAGGCCUCAGUGUGGUGUUUCUCCAGGCAUUUAUGAAGCUCUUCCCUAUGUGUCGCCCGGUUGUGAUUGCCCCUCGCAGUAUGCUUCUGACAUGGGAAAACGAGUUCGGGAAAUGGGAUGCCGACAUUCCAUUCCACAACUUGAACAACCCGAAGCUGUCGGGGAAGGAAAACGUGACAGAUGAUGUUCAGGGCAGUAAUUGGAAGAUUUUCAAGCGAAAAUCCAAGGGCAGGGAGCUGAACCGGACCCUGAAGUUGUAUAGUUGGGCUAAUGGCUCGGGCAUUCUGGGAAUCACUUAUCGUCUCUUUGAGAAACUAGCUGGAGAGAGUGCAGAAGAUGAAAAAGUGAGAAGAAUACUUCUGAAGUAUCCUGGGAUUUUAGUCCUUGAUGAAGGACACACUCCCAGAAACGAUGAGAGCCUCAUGUGGAGGGCUCUAUCGAAAGUUGAGACCCCCCUUCGCAUUAUCUUGUCCGGGACGCCUUUCCAGAACAAUUUCCAGGAGCUGUACAACACACUAUGCCUGGUAAGUCCUGAAUUUUCUGUCCCCACUCCUAGCAGCACUCGAAACUUUUUGCAGAAAGGCAAGGCAGUGAGGAAUAAGUGGACUUCGAUUACCAGUUCUAUCGUCAACGAUGAGAAUGGCAGAAGGAUAGAGGAGCUUAAGGCGAUGAUUUCCCCGUUUGUGCAUGUGCACAAGGGUCAUAUUCUGCUCGAGAAGCUCCCUGGCCUAAGGGACGCGCUGGUUCACUUAAAGCUCACAGAAAUGCAGCAGAGGCUGCUUGAUUUGGUCUCGAAGAAGAAUUUCAUCGAGCAGGACAAUUUGAUGACUCUGAUAUCUGUCCAUCCUUCCCUCGCCCCAGAAAACAUCUGCAAGAAUGGGGAAAAAGAGCUCGAGCUCGAUCCUAGUGCUGGAGUGAAAACAAACUUUGUUUUCGAGCUCGUCAAGCUGUGCAGUGCUCACGGGGAGAGAGUCAUAGUCUUCAGCAGACUUAUCGAGCCACUGUCACUCAUCAAGCAGCAGCUACUGCACCAUAUUAAGUGGUCUGAGAACGAGGAAAUUCUGUACAUGGAUGGCAAGAUCGAUGCAAAAUAUCGCCAAGACAGGAUUUCUGCUUUCAACAAUCCUGCUAGUGUAGCCAAGGUUCUUCUUGCCUCCACUGCAUCCUGCUGUGAAGGGAUAAAUCUGAUUGGCGCCUCGAGGAUCGUGCUGCUUGAUGUCGUGUGGAACCCUUCCAUCACGAGGCAGGCCAUCAGCCGGGCUUACAGGCUUGGACAGACCAAAGUUGUGUACGUGUACAACCUGAUUUCGUCCACAUUUGAGGCCAGAAAAUAUGAAUGCCAAGCGAGGAAAGACAGGAUGUCUGAGCUGGUGUUUUCUGCUCGGGAGAAUCAUUCCAGGGCGGAAAAUCCCUCUGCAGCAGAUGUGAUCCUCGAAGCAAUGGCUGAGAACGAAAGGCUCCGGGGGAUGUUCGAGCUGAUUGUGCACCAGCCCAAGACUCAACAAAUGCUGUUGGCUGAUCCCACCGAGGGGCCAAAGCUCGCAGACCAGCCCUAAACCUUCCCGGGAUUAAGGUCUGCAUGAUUCAUCUUCAAGACUGCAGCUGAAAGUCAUAUGUUCUUGAGUCUUGAAUCAUUAUUUGUGAAAGUAUAUUCACAAUUUAUAGCUUUUGUUUUCUGGUUCUGUAUAACCAGAUGUAUUGACAUUGAAUUAUACAACAUUUUAUUGUUUUAAUGAUUUGUUUGAACCUUUUUAAUGAUCUGUUAGCAGUA